CUUAACGCGUUGCUUCGAUUCUCAUAUACGCGCCGAGUCAUUAUCAUCGACACAAAAACACAAAGCUAUUUAGUAGAUCCCUCAUUCUCUCUUCAUCAUUCUCAAUUUUCUCAGCGAUUUCUCAAUUUCUUCAUCUCAUUCUGCAAAUUCAAUUCGGUUUCUGGUUUUGAAAGAUGGGAGGUGGUAAGGACAAGCAUGAUGAAUCUGACAAAGGAGUUUUUUCAAGCCUUGCUCAUGGGGUAGCUAAUGCUGCACAUGGUGGUCAUGGGUACCCACCUGGGGCAUACCCUCCCCAGCAUGGGUAUCCUCCUCAGCAAGGGUAUCCCCCACAACAAGGGUACCCCCCACAACAAGGGUAUCCCCCAGCUGGGUAUCCCCCACAACAAGGGUAUCCCCCAGCUGGUUAUCCUGGUCCAUCUGGUGCACAUGGUCAUGGUGGGCAUCAAGGACAUGGCGGCAUGGGUGCAAUGCUUGCUGGGGGUGCUGCUGCUGCAGCUGCUGCUUAUGGCGCUCAUGGCGCUCAUGCCGCUCAUGGCGCCCAUGGGGGUUAUGCACAUGGUGGCUAUGCACAGGGUGGUCACAUGGGGCAUGGAAAAUUUAAGCAGCAUGGGAAGUUCAAGCAUGGAAAGCAUGGAAAGUUUGGCAAGCAUAAGCAUGGAAAGUUUGGAAAGCAUGGUGGGUUCAAGAAGUGGAAGUGAGGAAUAUAUGCUGCUAUGACUAUUUUAAAUGCAGCUGCUUUGUGCUUAUUACUUUAUAAAUAAACCAUACUUUGUAUGAAGUCAGUCCAUCAUACUUGGCCCCUGUAUUUGUUUUCUUAACUUAUGCUUGAUUUGAUACCUUUUUGGCAUUGACAAAGAUAAACGAUUCAGUUUAGAUUGAGCAAGUCUGUAGUUAUAUUGCUGAGAACCAAAAUACAUUAGUCUGGUUUGAACUAUAAAUAAUAGUAUGUGCAUUUGACCUCA